AUGAAGGGUUCGUGCACUCUUGUUGCCUCUGUUGUUGCUGCCUCCACUGUAGCUUUAUCUUCAUCAACCCCAUCUUCUUCUUCGCCUGUGGUUGAGGAUUCAUCAAGAUCAUCAUCAAUGGAGAAAAAUAGUGGGUCUAAUCAGGAGAAAUUCGCGCCAAGAUUUGAUGGGUUAAGGUUCAUUGAGACCCUUUGUUCACCUGUGAGUUGGGUUGUGUUUAUGAGUUGUCAAAUGGGAUUUUAUGUUGCAAAGUUGGAGAUUAGCUGUGCAAGUUAUGGAUUCAAUUGUAAAGGAUUUGAGAAUUUUGGUAGUUGA